AUGACCAUGGGGCCCGGCCGCUGGCUACCGGCCUUGCUGUGGCUCACCUACUUCACCUUCACAGGUUAUGCACAGUAUGUCACUCAAAUUCAACCAAAUGAUGGAAGUUUAAAUGGAGCAACGAUAGUCACCAUUCUUGGCAGUGGAUUUUCCCAGGCAAAUCAGUUUAACUACGGACCGGGUGAAAGUCAACUCGGCAAUAGCGUGAUGAUGGUCUCAAAUACGAGGUCAAUCCCCUGUGACGUGAAUAAAGACUCAUCUCGUGCAUCAGUAAUCACCUGCCACACCAGACCAAUGCCUGAGGACAACUAUGUGGUCCAAGUCAGUGUGGACGGGGCGAUGAUCCCUCAGAGCAACAUGUGCAAUGGCAACUACAACUCGUACUACUGCAGUUUUUAUCCACGAAGUUACAGAACACCAACAAUCAGCCAGAUCACACCUCAGACUGGAUUGCCAGGAUCCCUCAUUACAAUCAGGGGCAUAAUCUUCACUGACGUCUACGGCAGCAACACUGCGCUGAGCUCCAAUGGCCUAAAUGUCAGGAUUUUAAGAGUUUACAUCCGGGGAAUGCCGUGCGUACUUCUCGUGCCCAAUUCUGACACCCGCUAUGGCCUCGCCCUGGAUAAUCAGUACAGUUACUGGGGAACAAUGACGUGCAGAAUUACGUCCACUUAUGUGGGUCACCAUAAUGUGAGCUUCAUUCUCGACAGCGAUUACGGCAGGAGUCUCCCUGACCUGAGCACCUACUUCAUCUCCGCUCUCAAUAAGCUGGCAAUGUUUCAGUCGUAUGCAGAGGUAUACAGCAUUUUCCCAUCUGCUGGAAGCCUGGAAGGAGGAACCAUUUUAACAAUAAAUGGGAAUUACUUUGAUCAGACAAACAGCCCAGCGAGAAUUCUAGUGGGAGGUCAGGACUGCCCGCUACUGAGCUUAUCGAACAAUGUGAUAAUCUGCACGGUCCCUGCACAGCCGGUGACGAACAGGACGCUGUUUGGAGGUGGAAGGGGCCUACAACUGGAAGUUUGGAACAACACCGCUCCCCAGACUCUCGAUGACGUCCUGGCGUAUGACACCUCAAUGCCAGGCUACUACGCCAUGUGGGUGGAUUCCAGCUCCUACGCCUGGCCUGCCAACUACAACAACUUUGCUGCCCGUCUCAGUGGCUUCUUCACGCCGACGGUGACAGACGACUACAGAUUUUACAUCAAAGGGGACGAUCGCUGUGCUCUCUACUUCAGCCAAACGGGACUUCCCAAAGAUAAGGUGAAGAUCGCUUACCUGACCUCGACGAGCGGAAGCUUUUUCAACGACCCAAAACAAGCAUCCCAGUUGAUGCAUCUUGAGGAAGACCAGGAGUACUAUAUUGAAAUAUUAUUCCAGCAAUAUAGCAGUAAAGCAUUUGUCGACUUAGCAGUUUAUCAGAAGAAUACGUCCUUUACUGCACUGCAGACUCCUAAUGCCAUCAGUGAAGUUCAGGUCAUCAACACGCAGAGCAUCGUUUUAAAUGAGAAACAGGAAAUUUGUUUCGAGAACUGGACAUCAGAGACUCCAGUGAAAGAAGUUCAACAGAUUGUGGUUAACAGCAGCUGUUUCAGCCUGGGCUACUGUGCUUAUCUGCAGUACACCCUGAUAUAUAACAAUGAAAAAACAGCCCCCAUCCCGGUUGACGCCUCAAGUGAUGUCAUUCAGAAGGCUUUAAAUGCCUUUGACUCAAUCAAGCCAGACAACGUCGUGGUGACAAAGACGGAGAGUGCCAGCGGGUCUGUGUACACCGUGACAUUUGAUUCUACUCGAGGCGAUUUCAAUGUCCUCCAGUAUGACACGGGUGGAAGUAACAUCAGCAUCAGCAUCUCUGAAAUAACCCAAGGCAAGCCCGCCCUGGACACGUUCACCUUGAUGUGGGAUGGGGUGACGUCCAGUCCCCUUUCAGCCAAUGCAACGGCCGGCCAGGUCAAUGGCGAGCUGUGGGGUCUGCUCAGUGCCAAAUGUCCAAGCAGCAUAAACGGCUACACUGAAGGUCCACAAGUGAAGUACUUCAGGGACUAUGAGAAGGCCGCUGAGAUGCCAACAGGAAACCAGAGGGGGAGACGGGUGUUCAACACGGAGGCUUUCUGUGGAUCUUACAGUCUUAUGACCCCCCACAUACUGUUUGAUUCCAACGACGUGAGAAGCUCAGGACUGCCAUAUGGCAACGUUUCACUUCUCACUUACAACACGCUUUGCUUUGCGUACCGAGGAUUCAUCAGCAAUACCAUUGGCGUGACGUUCUCCUACGUCCAGACAGGCGCCAACUCCCCAAGUACCUCGAAUGGCCUGUUGGUGGUCGACAUUACUCAGGGGGCUGAGUGGCAGUACACCUGCAUUGACCUUCGGCAGCUUUUGCAGGCCUCAUAUCCUGGAUCUUUUUAUUCGCUCCAACAAAUUACUCUUUCCCAGAGCGCUCCAAACCAGGAUUUCUUCAUCGACACGGUCUACUGGGGAAGUGGACCUUCAUCAUUCAGUCCACCAGAUUUGCUUUUGAGGAGAAAUGCUGCUUUGGCAGAACGAGGGGUCUUUGUGCAGAACAUCGAUGUGGUGAAGAGCCAAGAAGCGGGGACUUCCAAUAACUGCUACACAAUCUCAAUCACCCCCUACAACUGCGGAUGUGAUUUUCCAUUGUUGGGUAUCGCCUUCGCACAGGUUCUUUCUGGAGAUGGUGAGACGACUGCCACCUACGGAGGGUCCAACUGGGACGUUGAGGCGACUGUGAGAGUAACGAGACUUCAGCCUGCAUCUCCACCAGUCGGCGGCGCAUUUGACCUGAGCAUCUAUGGACAAGUGGUCAAUGGUAUCCCUGUGAAUAGUUCAGCUCUGGACCUGCAGUAUGCUUUAGAAAGCAUUCCACAAAUGGGGCAACUGGGGGUUUCCAGGAGUGGAGAUUGUCGCGGCUACUCGUGGACAGUGACGUGGCUGAGUGUGCCAGGGGACCAGCCGCCCUUUGAGAUCGACAGCUCAUCAGUCACCGGGGUCAAUGCGUCCGUUACAGCGUAUACUCUAACAGAUGGCGGGGCAAUGAGGCAGCACAUCUUCGGAGACGCCUUACGUGUGCCCAGCACUGAGCCUCAGGUUCAAGUUUAUAUCAAUGAUAUCAUGUCACUGUGCUCAGGAAACUGCACCUAUCAGUGGGACCCGAUGAAAACACCAGUUGUUUCAGCAAUAACUCCAACCAAUGGAUCAUCAGCUCUGGGAACCAUUCUGACAAUAACAGGCACCAGACUGUCAAGUUCCUCGGCCAACGAGAGCACAUCUGUUUCUAUUGGAGGAGCAAACUGCACUGUUACCCAGAUAAGCGACACCCAAAUCACGUGUGAAGUUGGAGACGCAGUGGCUGGAUCCGCUCCAGUGACGCUCUACGUGCCGGACGUCGGCUUGGCUCAAAGCCCCUUCACCUUCACCAACCUGCUGGGAGUGACGAGUGUGUCCCCUCUGAAUGGCAGCAUAGCAGGAGGGACUGUACUUACGCUAACUGGAUACGGAUUUGGCCCAGACACCACCAUCACAAUGAAUGAGCAGCGUUGCACGGUUUUGAAAGUAAAUCGAAACGCAGUCCAGUGCCAGACGCCUGCAGCAGCUCCUGGUGCUGUCACUCUGACGGUGAGGACGGCUGGAAUGGAGGAAUCCCUUGACAUGACUUUCACAUACAACAUGGCAGUGACCCCCAUCAUUGAGAGCAUCAGCCCUCAGACCACUAAUGUGAAGGGGAACACCAGCCUUACUAUUUCAGGAAGCCAAUUUGAGUCCCAAAGCUCGGUCUUAAUCGGCAAUUCAAACUGUGAGAUAACCGAAUGGACAAGCAGUACCAUCAUCUGCACUCUACCAGUCCUCCCACCGGGCACCUACAAUGUCCUCCUGAAAGUUGGAAACUGGGGAUACGCCAAAGCGAGCGAUGGCGUCAGCACUUCUAUCGAGUAUGUUCUGGAGAUCAACAGCGUGUCUCCUCUUGAAGGCUCCAUGUACGGUGGCACCACGAUUUCAGUGACGGGCUCAGGGUUCAGUACAAAUCCCAACGACAUGCAAGUCUUAAUGGGGAACAACAUCUGCAAAGUAACCGCGGCCACAGAAAGCGAACUGGAAUGCGUUGUUCAGCCUGUUGGAAACCUCUACAAGGUCACCAAUCUUGGCAUUGAUAUCAACAGAGGCAUCGGCUACGCUUGGACGCCGUCAUCUUUGGAGGUGUUUGUUGGAGACACGGUUCAAUGGCAGUGGCAGGCUCAGUCCCUCAUUGGUGGAAUUGGCUACCGGGUUUUCAGCGUUGCCAAUCCUGGCGAUACCACCUUUAGCGGCCGGGGAUUUAACAGCGGGCCAAGCAGGACACCAUCUGGGUUUUUCCAGUACCAGUUUUUGGUUCCAGGGGUGUAUUAUUACAGCAGCGGCUACAUCGACGCAGCCCAAACCACAUUCCUCCAAGGAGUGGUCACCGUCCAGGCCUUUCCAGACAGCCAUCAGCAGGUUCACAUCUCCGUCGCUGGACAAGAAGCUAAUUAUGUGCCAACCACCCCUCGCUCUAGACGUGACGUGAAUGAUUGUACAGAGACGGCUCUGAACUGCAGCUUGACAUCUACCCUUAACACAAGCGGAGACAGCUUCUUCUUCCAUUUCUCCAGUUGUUACUCUCCCACCAUAACAGGCAUCAGCCCCUCCAGUGGGACCAUCUAUGAUGUGCUCACCAUCAUGGGCACAGGAUUCAGUGAUAUUGCCUGUGCUAAUCAAGUAACUGUCGGAGGUCAUCCUUGUGAAGUCAUUAGCAGCACAUCCACAGAAAUUAAUUGCACGGUGAAUCCAGAAAACGUCUUGCCCGUGGGUAUUGCUGAACGAGUGGCCGUGAGGGUGAAUAAUCUGGGCAAUGCCAUCAGCACAAUCAUCAAUGAACUUGAUCGCCGAUUUGUUCUGUUGCCGGUUAUCAGUUUUAUCAGUCCCAGUGCUGGAUCAACCACAGGACACACACGGGUGACCAUUCAGGGCUCUGGGUUUACGGGACACAACAGCUCCUUAGGAGUGACAGCAGUCAACUUGGCCUGCGCCACUGUGUCUGUGAACUACACAACCAUCAUCUGUGAUACAGCGCCCUCUAGUGCAAGAGCUGGGACAGUUCAGGUUUCAGUAAAUGGAAUCUCUGCGGCCUGCCAUUCCGACUGCUCUUUUCAAUACACGGCAUCCUCAACUCCUGCAGUCGAGAGUCUGACCCCCAGCACAAUAGACAGCAACUCAACACUCCUUUCUCUUAAUGGGACAGGCUUUGGAAACAACACUGAAGAUGUCAUCGUCUUCAUCGGCAACUUUACCUACCAGCCAAGUGAGGUCACUGACACCGAGAUCACCUGCCCCAUUGGGCCGCUGCCGGCUGGAAGUUACAAUGUGAACGUUGUGGUGAUGAGCAAAGGGUUAGCCUCUGGCAGCCUCACCAUAUCCAGCGUUGCAAGUGCCACGCUUUCACCAAACUCUGGGAGCAUCCUCGGCGGGACAACACUCCUCAUCGCUGGGAAUGGAUUUGAUCCAGGCUACACGACCGUCUCCGUGGGGAGCGCCCUUUGUCCCAUCACGUAUAUUUCAACAAGUGAAAUUGAGUGUGUAACACCUGCGCAUAACCAAGGAAACGUGAAUGUGAUAAUCCAAGUUCGGUCCACCGUCUACCCUUCAUUAAACUUUCUGUACUCGCAGACAAACACUCCGGUCAUCAGUCUGGUCAGUCCAACAACAGGAGCUUUUGGAACUGUCAUCUCCAUUAAUGGAUCCAGGUUUGGCGCUGCAGUUCAAGACAUCUUUGUGAACAUCGGAGACGUCCCUUGCAUUGUCGAGACUGUCUCUGAUUCCCAGGUUCUGUGCUCAGUUGGAAGCCACUCAGGCGGGUCCUUCCCAAUUGUUCUUCGACAUGCCGUUCUGGGAUACGCCUCAUCCAGUGUCUCCUUUGAAUAUGAAUUGCUGAUUACGUCAGUCACACCAAAUGAAGGGAGCUUUGGCGGUGGUUCCAUUCUCGAGCUGGAAGGAGCUGGAUUUGAUGGGCUGUUCUCACGCGUAUCUGUGUGCGGCGGCUCGUGCAUAGUGGACACGCAGAGAUCUAACACAAGCACCUUGUAUUGUGAGGUGCCACCUUCUAAUGGUACAGGGACGCAGCUGGUCUGUGACGUGAGCGUUGUCAAUGGAAACGCAUCAGUGACCUCACAACAAGCCUUCACCUAUAAAUCUUCACUGACCCCCGUAAUUACAAGUGUGUCCCCCAGAAGAGGUGGCACUGGUGGUGGCACAAGCCUUACUAUCACGGGAUCAGGCUUCAGUUCCACCAGCAGUGACGUCCAGGUGACAAUAGCUGGGACACCUUGUGAUGUGCAACUCGCCAGCACCACUCAGAUUAUUUGUGUCACCAACAACAACUCGCAGUCCCAGCAGACUUACGUGAAAGUGAACAUUGGAGGAAAUGGAAUUGCCAAGCUGGAUAACGCCAGUUUCUUUUAUAUUGAUGUCUGGUCAUCCAACUUUACGUGGGGUGGGGACUCGCCGCCCGACGCGGGAUCUCUGGCUGUCAUUUCCCCAGGACAGACAGUCCUACUGGACGUAAGCACCCCAGUACUGAAGAUGCUUCUGAUUCAAGGUGGAACUUUAAUCUUCGACGAAGCCAACAUUGAGUUAAAGGCAGAAAACAUCUUAAUUGCCAAUGGAGGGACUCUGCAGAUUGGGACAGAAGCUGCCCCCUUCCAGCACAAGGCUAUAAUUACUCUUUAUGGCCAGCUUCGUUCGCCUGAACUUCCAGUGUACGGCGCCAAGACCCUUGCAGUUCGAGAAGGAGUCCUUGACCUUCACGGCAUACCCAUCCCCGUCACAUGGACCCGACUGGCACAGACAGCAAACGCAGGCUCCUCUACUUUACAGCUGCAGCAGCCUGUGACCUGGAACGUGGGCGACGAAAUUGUUAUCGCAUCUACUGGAAACAGACUCAGCCAGGGUGAAAAUGAGCUGAUGGUCAUUCAGUCCAUAUCUCCAGAUGGAAAGACUUUGACGCUGACCCAGCCCUUGCAGUACACGCACUUAGGGGUGUCGGUAACGCUGCCAAACGGAAAAGUGUUUGAAGCGAGAGCAGAAGUGGGAGUUCUAACGCGAAACAUCGUCGUGCGGGGGUCGAACAACGAUGAAUGGAAUGACCGGAUACCAGCCUGCCCCGACGGAUUUAAUCCUGGUGAAUUUGCAGUUCAGACGUGUUUCCAGGGUCGAUUUGGAGAAGAAAUUGGCAGCGACCAGUUUGGAGGCUGCAUCAUGUUCAACGCCCCCCAGCCCAGUAUGAACCUGGCCAUUGGGAGGAUAGAGUAUGUGGAAGUAUUUCAUGCUGGCCAAGCUUUCAGACUUGGGCGUUAUCCGAUCCAUUGGCACCUCAUGGGAGACAUUAACUUCAAGUCCUAUGUCCGAGGCUGUGGUAUCCAUCAGACAUAUAACAGAGCGGUCACGAUCCACAAUACGCAUCAUCUGCUGGUCGAGAAGAACGUCAUCUACGAUAUCAUGGGCGGCGCAUUCUUCAUUGAAGAUGGCAUCGAGACAGGAAACAUUCUCCAGUACAACCUGGCUGUGUUUGUCAAGCAGAGCACCAGCCUUCUGAAUGAUGACGUGACUCCAGCAGGGUACUGGGUGACCAACCCAAAUAACACGGUCCGCCACAACGCAGCAGCUGGGGGGACACACUUUGGGUUCUGGUACAGAAUGCACGAUAACCCCGAUGGACCAUCCUAUACCCCCAACGUCUGCCAGAAGCGGGUGCCACUUGGGCAAUUUUAUAAUAACACUGUCCAUUCUCAAGGGUGGUUUGGAAUUUGGAUUUUUCAAGAAUAUUUUCCAAUGCAGCAAGGGUCCUGUAACUUGAAUGUCCCCCAGCCAGCAGUUUUUGAUUCCCUGACAACUUGGAAUUCUCAGAAAGGAGCCGAGUGGGUGAAUGGCGGAGCUCUGCAGUUUAAAGAUUUUGUGGUUGUGAAUAACGAACUCGCUGGAAUUGAAAUGAAACGAAUUUUGUCUUCCUAUGUGAAAGGCUGGGGUGAAACAAGUGGCGCCAUGAUUAUGAAUGCCACUGUGGUCGGACACUUGGACCAGCUUGGCCUUGGCCCUAACCAGUGCUCCACCAGAGGAAUUGUUCUUCCAUUUGAUGAAGGACUCACUGUGGAAGCAAUCAAUUUUGUCAACUUUGACCGCUCGGGCUGUGCCGCCAUCGGUGUGACAUCGAUUGAUGGAACUUGUACUGACAGAUGUGGAGGCUGGAGUGCGAGAUUUAGUGGCGUUCAGUAUUUUAAUACCACCAACAAGGCCCGCUUCAGAUGGGAACAUGAAGUGGUUCUGGUUGACACUGACGGGACGCUACAGAAAAGAAGCUCCAUGGAGCACGAAGGUGAAAUGGAAAGACCCGAAACAAAAGCAAUACGAGUCACACAAAGUCCCAAUCCAGAAUCCAAACAGAGUGGUCGAAAAAACAGCAAGAAGGUCAAAGUUCCAAACCAUACAAAAGGCACAAGAAAUGCCAACUACAAGGUGGUUGCCCAAAGUGCCCUGCUGGAUCCUGCGCACUGUGCUCCUCCGACACCUGAAUGGAGUGCGGGCUUCCCGGGCUCAGUAUGUGAUUCCACAGUCUCUUUCCAUCGCCUGGCCUUUGGCAAUGCUUUACCUUCAUCGCUUCUUGGAAAGAACGCCAUCCUGACUGAUGAUUACGGGAGCAGCGUAGUUCCUUUCUUGCCAAAACGUUUGACCUACAAACCUGGCUGGAUGGCUUUGAUUCCCGAUGGCAAAACCUUCAACUGGUAUUUCCAGAAUGCCGGCCAAGUUACCAAUAUCUCCUAUCUUGCCACUUUCUAUGGGUUCAAGAGUUCGGAUUUCGUGAUAAUCUCCCACAAUUUCACUCAGCGUCCAGAUAUGUUCAACAUUGUGGACACCAGGAACGAGUCGAGCCAUCCUCUGAACUGGAGUGCGAAUGUCAAUGGAGACUGGUAUUUUGAUGACAAUACCACAACCCUUACUUACCUAAUGUCUGGCACAAAGAAUCCCCGGAAAAGGCGUAGCACCAGCGUGGACCCAUCGGUGUUGGACAUCAAUGUGAGGUUCAACGUUUACAGCUGCUUCUUCAAGGACUGCAAUCCCCCCAUUCCCCCCACAGUGGCUCCACUCCCGGACACAAGACCUGGCAAUUUUGACUUGUGGUCCAACGUCUCGUUCUGGAAGUCUUCAGCGGAGAACAACUACACGGUCCCCAAAGAAGGUGCCAAUGUUGUGAUUCCAGAAGGCCGAUGGGUAGUGAUGGAUGUAAAUAUCCCCACCUUGAACAAACUUACUAUUUACGGAGUUCUGGAAGUGCCAAAUAACAUCACAAGAAAUAGCACGGCGGCCACAAACACAACCAGACAAGUAAUUGUGAGAGCGACCUACAUAUCAAUUCAGGGUGGAAAACUAAUAGCGGGCCAAGAAGAUGAACCUUUUCCAGAUGAACUUCACAUCAUUUUAGUAGGGAACCAGCGGACACCAGAGUGGCCCCUGCCAAAUGGGCCUAACCAGGGGGCAAAGGUUUUAGGUGUCUUUGGGAUAUUGGACCUUCACGGGAAGCCUCACGCCGUGUACCGUACGAAACUCGCAGAGACAGCAGAAGCGGGCUCUGACGUGAUCUCGGUGGCCGAAGCAGUUGACUGGCAGGUUGGUGAUGAUGUGCUGAUCACUACUACCAGCUAUGACCCCUGGCAGACAGAAACAAGAAAGAUCAUCGCCAUUUCAACAGACAUGAAGAGCCUAACUCUGAAUGAAUCGCUUACCUAUAAACACAUCGGUGAAGCCUACAAUGUGAGCGGUAGCGAUCAGGAGUACAGACUGGCCGGCGACGUGGGACUUCUGAGUCGCAACAUCAAGAUCUACAGUGAAGAUUACCCCGGCUGGUACCAGGAAUCCUAUGGCGCCCGAGUGUUGGUUGGGACCUUCUUUGAGAACUUGCAGUACACAGGAACUGCCAGAAUUAGCGACGUUGAAUUCUACCACAGUGGCCAGGAAGGAUUCAGGGACUACCCGGACCCCCGAUACUCGGUGGCUUUUGUUGAUGUUGGAGAGAUUUCUGCAAACGCUUCUUCUUACAUCAAAGGCUGUGCUUUCCACCAAGGGUUUUCUCCAGCAAUUGGCAUCUUUGGCACCAGCGGCCUCAGUGUCCAAGACAAUGUCAUCCAUUUCACCGUUGGAGAAGGUAUACGCGACUGGGGAAUUAGAAGCAGGAUACAAAGAAACCUUGUCGCUUUGUCGGUGUGGCCAGGAACGUAUCAAGACAGACUGGAGUUAACAAACUCCCUGUGGCAUGCGGCCAUUGAAGUGAACAACGGCAUGAACAGCAUCCUUCAAGAUAACAUCGUUAGCGGAUUUGAAAGAAUUGGAUACAGAAUUAAUGGAGAACCUUGCCCAGGUCAGCUCAACCCCGUUGAAGCCUGGCACAACAACGAGGCCCAUGGAGGCUUGUAUGGGGUCUACAUGAACAAAGACGGGUUGCCAAAUUGUUCCUUUGUGCAAGGAUUCAUUGCCUGGAAAUGCUGGGACUAUGGAAUUUAUUUCCAGACGGAGAUGAGCAUGCAGGUCUCCAAUGUGACGCUGGUGGACAACGGAAUGGGCAUCAUGCCAAUGAGCUAUAAACCGCCAUCUGUAUCUCACAGCUAUUCAGACAAAACAAUUGAGAUCAAGAACUCUCUCUUUGUGGGCAGCAGUCCUAACUUUAACUGUUCAGACAUUCUCACCAACAACGAUCCCAACGUCCAAAUUACGGUGGCGCACAGGAGCACCAGGCCUCUUCAAGGUGGAAGAAGUGGCGUUUGCUGGCCCACCUUUGCCUCUGCACACAAUCUUUCUCCUGGUCACCCUCACGCUGGACUGAUGUCCUACAACGCUAUCAGUGGACUGAUGACUGUAACAGAUUCCACUUUUGUUGGCUAUAGAAACGUUUGCUCUGGAGAGACAAAUGUAAUGUUCAUAACCAACCCAGAAAACGAAGACCUGCAGCACCAGAUAUUUGUACACGGCCUAACGCUGAUCAAUAGUACAGAAGACGCCAAGGUUUUCAUCCACAGAGCGGAUGUAGGUAAGGCGAACCCCUCUGACUGCGUGGAUAUGGUUUGUGACGCCAAAAGGAAAACCAUGCUCAAAGACCUGGACGGAUCCUUCUUGGGUCAAAACGGGACUGUCGUCCCCCAAUCCGAGUAUCAGUGGAAUGGCGACCCUCGCGAUGGUCUCGGAGACUACAGAAUUCCAAAAGUCAUGCUGACCUACUUGAACGGCAGCCGCAUUCCUGUCAACCAAAUUGCACCAAACAAAGGUAUUAUCAGAGACCCCAGUUGCACUUACAUGGCAAACUGGCAAAGCUACAAGUGCUUCACUCUCGACUACGAGAUGCUGGUGAUCGAAAGUCUUGACAGCGACACGGAGACCCGGCGACUCUCUCCGGUGGCAGUGCUUGCGGACGGCUAUGUGGACCUCAUCAAUGGUCCUCAAGAUCAUGGCUGGUGUGCAGGCUACACGUGUCAGCUGAGAGUUUCUUUGUUCCACAGCAUCGUGUCCACCGAUACAUCCUAUUCCAUUUAUUUCACCAGCACUAGUCCUCAGAAUCUUCGACUGAUGCUACUAAAUGCCGACGACACCAAGGUACUUCGAGUGGCUAUAUUCUACUCUGAUCCUCAGCGUUUAGACAUCUUUGUCAACAACUCACUGGUUGCUCCCACAAAUGCUGUAUGGAACAGCGAUCACUCGGACUACACGCUGAACGCGCCCACAUACCCAGAUGAAUUUGUCCCAGAAAUGAACUCCACCAUCUCAGGAUCAAACUACUUUGAUGAAGACUACAAAAUGAUUAACAUCUUAAUCCGAGGCUCCACUCCCAUCGAGAUCCACACUGCGCCAGUCCUCUUCAUCUCCUUUGAAAUGCCGUCCAUAACCGUGGAACAGUUUUAUGGUCCAAGCCUUGUUCAAAACCUUGCCACCUUCUUGAAAAUCCCAGCAAAUAAGAUAAAAAUAACAAAAAUAGUGCGAGCGAGCAGCCGCCGGAGACGAAGCACAGGGAUAUCUGUGCAAAUGCAGAUAUCGAACCCACCAGUCCAAGAUUUAAACCAGAAUUCAUCUGCAGGGACACUGCAAGUUCAAGACCUGAUGAACCUCGGCAAUGUAAUUGGGAAGGAAGCCCUUAAUGGAACCCUCAGCUCAGCAAUUGGCUUUGUCGUUCAAUCUGUCGGUAUCAUCAAUCCAACCCCUAGUCCAAGUGACCCAGCAUGGAGUAAGCUUACAUCAGCUCCAGUGACUAGGAACAGCCAAACUCCACAACAUCUCUCUACUCUUGCCGGUUUAGUGAUCGUCACACAACCAAUGGCAGGACAGACAAGUGGGCUGCUGACUCAACAGCCAUGCAUUAUGGCUGUGGACAGUUCUAGUAAUUGUGUGUCGGUAGGAGUGACAUCGUUUGUAAUUACAGCAAGUCUUAUAAACUCCAAUAACCAGAUCAUAGCAGGACUGCAAGGAAACGUCACCAUCCCCUUCUCCGGCUGCUGGGCUAAUUACACAGACCUCUCCCUCACAGUCAACGGAACCAACCUGAAGAUUUCAUUUACGAUGAACAAUAUUCAGUCCCAGUCGAGGUCCUUCACACUGAAUGGACUGACGGCCCCGGCAGCUGCCACGUCGGGCAGUGGAACAACACCGACCACCACCACCACCACCACCAUCACCGGGUCGAACAUCUCGAGUGGAGCUCCGCGGCCCGAGGCUCUUUUUGUCCUAUUCCUUCUGUAUUAUGUGUGCGGCUUUCUCUUUAGGGAAUGAAUUCUGAUCACGCUGCUUUAAGGAAAUUAGCCUUUAAUGUUUGAGUUUGAUUACAAAAUCUGGAGUGCAAAAUCCAGACAUUUCUGUUUCUCAAUAAAUUAAAGCUCGGAUCAGGUCAAUAGGGUGGCAGAUUACCAUUUCUGAAUGUAAACUGAAAUCUUUCUUAAUACGUAUGUAAUACAUUUGCUUUCUGUGUAAACGUUAAAUGUAGCUCUUACUUUAUGUUAAUUGACUUUUAAAUUUUAAAGACAAUAAUAAAAAGAAUGUAUUUUACAUGAAUGUUUAGUAUUGUGGACCCGGCCCGGACCCAGACAGGCAGACAUGUUGUUUUCCACCACCACACGUUUAUUUACAACAAUAUUUACAAGAUUAAGUGCACAACAAACCCCAACACACACAGUCCUGGCCAAACAAUGGCUUCUCUUCGGGCCGACUCCACACUCCUCUCCUGCCUCAUCCUGCUUCCACCCAACUCCAGCCCUGAAAGAAGGGAGACGG